AUGGCGGGGAAGCCCACGUCCCGUGCCGCCAACAGACACCCCCACGCACCUCGGGGCGGGGGAGGCUUCGGGUUCGUUACGUUCGCGGAUCCGGCGAGUGUAGACAAAGUCCUGGCUCAGCCCCACCACGAACUGGACUCCAAGACGAUUGACCCUAAAGUUGCAUUUCCCCGACGAGCACAGCCUAAGAUGGUCACAAGAACAAAGAAAAUAUUUGUAGGUGGAUUAUCGGCUAAUACAGUAGUGGAAGAUGUAAAGCAAUACUUUGAACAGUUUGGCAAGGUAGAGGACGCCAUGCUUAUGUUUGACAAGACGACCAACAGGCAUAGAGGAUUUGGCUUCGUAACUUUUGAAAAUGAAGACGUGGUGGAAAAAGUCUGUGAAAUUCAUUUCCACGAAAUCAAUAAUAAAAUGGUAGAAUGUAAGAAAGCACAACCUAAAGAAGUGAUGUUUCCACCAGGGACGAGAGGAAGGGCACGUGGAUUACCGUAUACCAUGGACGCUUUUAUGCUAGGGAUGGGAAUGUUGGGUUACCCGAAUUUUGUUGCAACGUAUGGCCGAGGAUACCCUGGAUUUGCCCCAAGUUACAGCUAUCAGUUCCCAGGUUUUCCGGCAGCGGCUUAUGGACCAGUAGCAGCGGCAGCCGUGGCGGCAGCAAGAGGAUCAGUCUUGAAUAGCUACAGUGCUCAACCGAAUUUUGGCGCACCCGCUUCCCCGGCAGGCUCCAACCCAGCCCGACCCGGAGGCUUCCCCGGGGCCAACAGCCCAGGGCCCGUCGCGGACCUCUACGGCACGGCCAGCCAGGACUCCGGCGUGGGUAACUACAUAAGCGCCGCCAGCCCGCAGCCGGGCUCCGGCUUCGGCCAUGGGAUCGCCGGACCUUUGAUUGCAACGGCUUUUACAAAUGGAUACCAUUGAAACGUUACACAUGGUUGGUUGCCAUCUCACUUGGAGAGUCUCUCUGGAUGUCCGGGCAAGACGGGGCGAAGUUUCUGAACGGGCCCACGUUUGGGUGAUCUCAUCAGACUUUGAGCACUACAUCAUCACCGAUAACGCAAACAAACUGGAGGUGGCACUCGACGGACUUAGGUUGUUUAAAAUCUCUCUCAUCAUCUCAUGAAUCUGCUGUACUAUAAAAACAACAGAUUUAAAAGUAUGUAUAUAAAA